UGGCACGCCACAGAGCACCUCUCACUGUCUUUCUUUGUCUAAUGUAUCUUCCAAUAGGGCGGCUGUGAUUAUUAUACACUCCAUUUGACUGUACCUGAAGCCCCCGACUCUCUCUCAGGAAUCAUGGUCCGUGUCGCAGCCCUGAUCACUUUUUUGGCUUGUGUGGUGCUGUCAGAGGCCCAACACGAGCCAGGCUUCUGCACUUUCUAUCAGGAGUGUGGUCGUAACCCGUUGCUGAAUAGCACCCUCCUUCCUCCUACCGUCCCCUGUUUGGACUACAGUCGCGCCCGUCAUCUCAGAGGAGAGCACUACAGGAAACUCAAAGAGGUGUGUCCUAUGUUGGAUAAAGGAGAGAACAACACGUACGCCUGCUGCUCCAUUAAGCAGCUGUCAUCCCUAGAAAUGAGCCUGACCCUUUCCAAGGCCGUGCUGAUCCGCUGCCCUUCCUGCGCCGAGAACUUUGCCCACCUGCACUGCAUCAACACCUGCAGCCCCAACCAGAGCCAGACGGUAAAUGUCACAAAGGUCAUGAACGUCACCAGCCUGGGCAAGACGAAGUUGGCUGUAGUAGGUUACCAGGCAUUCCUCAGCACCACCUUCGCAGACGCCUCCUUCCAGUCUUGUAAAAACGUUAGGAUCCCAGCCACAGGGGGCUUCGCCAUCGCCACCAUGUGUGGCCGGUAUGGCGCCAAGCUCUGCAACCCCCAGCGCUGGUAUGACUUCCAGGGAGACUCCAGUAACGGCCUGGCUCCACUGGACAUCGACUUCCAGCUGAUAAAGGAGGGACACACUGAGGGACUACCAGAGGGGGUGAUUCCCUACAAUGGACGUGCACUGAUGUGUAACGAGACCACGCCAUCCGGAGGUCAGUUCUGCUCAUGCCAGGACUGCCAAGAGUCGUGCCCGAAGAUGCCACCUCCUCCACAGCCCCCCAGCCCCUUCACGCUGCUGGGGACUGAUGGCUUCCUUGUAGCCUCUAUUAUCUUACUCUGUUUGCUGAUAUUGGCCUUCCUCUUAUACGUUUCCGUCACUUGCUGGUUUCGGAAAAGGAAGGAUGAGGAGAAAGGAAAGAGAAUAGGGAAAGGCAAAGACCAGAACAGUAAUGAUGUGACUCAGCGGGACAUUGAUCCAUCAGAGGUGACAUGUACUGACAAGAACACCCUGGUUGCUCAAGAUUUCCUGAGCUUACAGUUUCAACGUUGGGGAACCCUCAUGGCUACAUACCCACUCACGGUGCUCCUGCUGUCGGCUAUAGUCGUGGCUGUUUUCUCUGCUGGCCUCAAGUCCAUCGAGCUCACCACUGACCCAGUGGAGCUGUGGUCUGCUCCCAACAGCCGUGCCCGUCAGGAGAAAGACUUCCAUGACUCACACUUUGACCCCUUCUUCAGGACGAACCAGCUGAUCUUGACAGCGCCGGGCAGAAAAGGCCACAUUUACAACUCUUUGCUGUUUGGCCCACAGAACUUUAGCGGGCUUGUAUCCAAAGACCUCGUCAUUGAGCUGCUGCAGCUCCAGAAACAGAUACAGAACAUUGAGUUCUGGUCAGAUGAUCUGAACCGCACAGCAAGUCUAAAGGAUGUGUGUUUCGCACCGUUGAACCCAUCCAACCCCUCACUGACGGACUGCGCAGUCAACAGCUUGCCACAAUACUUCCAGAACAGCCUGGACAACAUUAACGCUAAAGUGAACAUGACAGAGUUGGGUGUGACCAAAGAGGUGGACUGGAGAGACCACUUAAUCUACUGCCUCAACUCUCCCCUGUCCUUCAAAGACAUCACCGAUUUAGGAAUGAGCUGCAUGGCUGAUUACGGAGCUCCAGUCUUCUCCUUUCUGGCUGUGGGAGGCUAUGAGAAUGAUGACUUCACCAAUGCUGAGGCUUUCAUCCUGACCUUCUCCCUCAACAACUACGCCCGCAACAGCACCAAGUUUAAAGUGGCUAUGCAGUGGGAGACAGAGUUUCUCAAAAUUGUCCAGGAGUACCAGAAAAACCCUGCCUGCAACUUCACCUUUGCGUACAUGGCAGAGAGGUCUCUAGAAGAUGAAAUAAAUCGGACAACAGCCGAGGAUAUCCCCAUCUUCAUGAUCAGCUAUGCUGUAAUCUUCGUUUACAUUGCUGUGGCACUGGGAGAGUACUCUUCAUGGAAACGCAUACUGGUGGACUCCAAGUUUCUGGUGGGUCUUGGUGGGAUCCUGGUGGUCGGCUGUUCGGUCCUGGCCUCCAUGGGCUUCUACUCCUGGAUUGGCAUCCCCUCCUCGCUGGUCAUCCUGCAGGUCGUGCCUUUCCUGGUGCUCGCUGUUGGAGCUGACAACAUCUUCAUCUUUGUUCUGGAGUACCAGAGAGACGUACGGAAACCCGAAGAGAAGAGACAGGAGCAGAUUGGUCGUGUCCUCGGAAACGUGGCUCCCAGCAUGCUCCUGUGCAGUCUCUCUGAGUCUGUCUGCUUCUUUCUAGGGGCCCUGUCCACCAUGCCAGCAGUGAAGACCUUUGCUCUGUACGCUGCUCUGGCCGUGCUCAUGGACUUCAUCCUCCAGAUGACAGCCUUUGUCGCGCUGCUGUCCCUGGAUGCCCGACGCCAAGACAACAACCGCUGUGAACUGCUGUGCUGUGUUAAAGUGUCAACCAAGCGCUCCAACAAGCCAAACGAGGGCUUCCUGCUGCCCUUGAUGAGGAAGUACUACGCCCCUGUCCUACUGCACUGUUACACCAGGAUCAUAGUGAUGUUGGUUUUCAUCUUCAUGUUCUGUGCAUCCAUAUUCCUCAUGUUUAAUGUGACCGUGGGUCUAGAUCAGGAGCUGGCUAUGCCUCAGGGCUCUUACAUGCUGGACUAUUUCAAGUACCUGUACAAAUACUUUGAAGUCGGAGUCCCUGUUUAUUUUGUAACAAAAGGGGGCUUCGACUUUGCCACCAUGGAGGGCAUGAAUGCAGUCUGCUCCAGCGUGGGCUGUGAUCAGUUCUCGAUGACCCAGAAGAUCCAGUACGCCACCGACUACCCUGAGCUAUCCUACUUGGCCAUCCCUGCUAACUCCUGGGUAGAUGAUUUCAUCGACUGGCUGAACCCUGGAUCCAGAUGUUGUCGUCUGUACACCUUAGGUCCAAAUGCUGGAAAGUUCUGUCCUGCGAACGAAUCUGCUUUCCUCUGUGGCCGCAAGUGUAUGCGUCCUCCUGCUGGUGGCGUCCUCAGGCCCACUGAGAAAGAAUUCUACCGCUUCCUCCCGGACUUCCUGGGUAACAGGCCUGACCUGACCUGCCCCAAAGGUGGUCUCGGAGCCUAUGACAAAGCUGUGGUGAGAAAUGAGAUUGGAGAAAUUAUAGCCACUCGGUUCAUGGCGUACCACACACCUUUAAGCAACUCUCAGGACUUCACUGCUGCACUGCUGAAGGCCAGAGAGCUGGCAGACAACAUCACCUUGGGCAUGAGGAAUAUAACGGGCACCUCGCCUGACUUUGAAGUAUUUCCUUACACGGUGACUAACGUAUUUUACGAGCAGUACCUGACUAUCGUGCCGGAGGGACUCUUCAACAUCUGCAUGUGUCUGCUGCCGACCUUUGUGGUGUGCUGCCUGUUGCUGGGUUUGGAUCUGCGCUCCGGUCUGCUCAACCUAAUGACCAUAGUCAUGAUCGUCGUGGAUACCGUCGGUGUCAUGACACUGUGGAGCAUCGAUUACAACGCGGUGGCCCUCAUCAAUCUGGUCACGGCGGUGGGCAUCUCGGUGGAGUUUGUGUCCCAUAUGACGAGAUCCUUUGCACUCAGCAUUAAGCCCACACAUGUAGAAAGAGCUAUGGAGGCUACGGCCAACAUGGGCAGCGCGGUGUUUGCUGGUGUUGCAAUGACCAACCUGCCAGGCAUCCUCGUGCUGGCGUUUGCCAAAGCUCAACUCAUCCAGAUUUUCUUCUUCCGAUUAAACCUGGUCAUCACACUUCUAGGGUUGGUUCACGGACUCGUAUUCCUCCCUGUGCUGCUCAGCUACUUUGGCCCUGGCGUGAAUAAAGCCGUGCUGCUGAAGCUCCAGCAGGACAAAGCAGAGGCCAGACGGGAGCUGGAGAUGAGACACACUAUAAAACAAAUCUAUGAUAACGUGAGCUAUGAAGACAACGAGGUCAGACAGGACCCCGUGGCCCCCACAGAUGACAGCAGACCUUCAAAAAUGAUAGAAACCCAACAGGAGAAGAAAGAGGAGAGAAUUGACCGUUUCUGAGCGCUGAUUGCAAAACAGUUUUCAGGCUCUGAUGAGUAAAUACCUCUGUAACAAACUGAACAAAGAUGGACACAGAAAAAGGACAGAGAUGGCAAACAUGGAGUUGUGUAUUAGACUCUGUAUGGAAAUCAUUAACUAUGUACCUCAAUCAGAAAUGGACCAGUGGGACUGAAGACAGCAACACAGUUGUGCAAUAUUUCUGAGCAAAGCUAGAGUGGGCGAAUGCAACGAGAGUCAACCUUCCUGUCUCAAUGUUUGGAAAACUACACAUCUGUCUUCACAAGCACUGCAGCUGGGCAAGAUUUGUUGUUCAAUGGUGGAAUUAUUAGGCGGGACAGGAAGUUGACAAAUGUUCUUGAAUGAGUCAUUUUGUAGGUUUUUUUUUAUUGAAUGUAGUGAUUUUGUACGUGUGAAUAUGUCACAUUAGCGCUCUUAAGAGUAAUUUAAAGGAACAUACACUCCGACAUUUCAUCUUAUAGUUUCUUUAUUAGCAGUAUUGCUGUCAAAUGUGCAAUCAGUGAAAAUAUAUUGAAUGUGUUUAAACAUUUGGCAUCAUUUUUCAUACGUUAUUUAUGGUACAAAAGAAAACUUGAAAAAAAUGUCUGACUUAAAGCUUGCAUAUGUAAUUAAUAAUAAUAAUAAUAAUAAUAAUAAUGUAUGUGAUCAGCACCAUUUCCUGUCCCUGAAUCUCAGACAGACUCUCAGUAUACUGUGUCUCAACUUGUGCAUUUUGUCUUGAAUACAGUGUUAAAAUAUAAUUUCAUACAAUUCAUAAAACAUGGCAAUUACUGCUUUUCUUGAUACGGAGCCGUACGGCAGCACAUUGCAUCAGUAUCACGUAACGUGAAAAACAAGCUUUUAUAACAGGAUGUUUUUCACGUUAUAACAUCAUAUAAACUUAUCACGCUAUAACAAGACAGAUUACAGUUUAAACAGGUUUGGGGAGUAAUGGAUUACAUGUAACUGAGUUACAUAAUCAGGAUACAAAAAGAGGUAACUGUAAUGCACUACGGUUACAGAAAAACAUAUGUAAUCGGAUUACAGUCAUUUAGUAAA